AUGUUCUGGAAGCUUUCUCUGUCCUUGUUCCUGGUGACUGUGUUGGUGAAGGUGGCAGAAGCCCGGAAGAACAGGCCUGUGGGUGCCAUCCCCUCACCUUAUAAGGACGGCAGCAGCAACAACUCAGAGAGAUGGCAUCACCAGAUCAAGGAAGUGCUUGCCUCCAGCCAGGAGGCCCUGGUGGUCACCGAGCGCAAGUACCUCAAGAGUGACUGGUGCAAGACCCAGCCACUGAGGCAGACGGUGAGCGAGGAGGGCUGCCGCAGCCGCACCAUCCUCAACCGCUUCUGCUAUGGCCAGUGCAACUCCUUCUACAUCCCGCGGCACGUGAAGAAAGAGGAGGAGUCCUUUCAGUCCUGCGCCUUCUGCAAGCCCCAGCGUGUCACCUCGGUCCUGGUGGAGCUCGAAUGCCCCGGGCUGGAUCCACCCUUUCGACUCAAAAAAAUCCAGAAGGUGAAGCAGUGCCGAUGCAUGUCCGUGAACCUGAGCGACUCUGACAAGCAGUGA